AUGCUCACACCGGCGCCCUCUAGAAAUGGCUCCUUCAAGCGUCAGCGCGACUCGGAGUCGCCGGCGGCUGCGCCCGCGCCGCCAGCCAAGAAGCCCGCCGCCGCGUGCAACGCGUGCAACGCUUGCGGGACGUGUGGCGAGUGCGACGUGUGCGACGGCCAGCGCGACGACGCCUGCGACCCGCCGCCCUUUAUUCUUGGCGACCUGACGCCGCUCGCGACGCCCACCAAGCCCGCCACGCGCCGCGUCCCACGCCUCGAAUCCCACUUCUCGGACCUCAAGCUCUGGUCGCCCACGCGCGGUAGGCCGCCACGCCGCGAGCACGCUAUCUUCCGCACGCCAGAGGUCGUUGACCGAAUUAUGCGCUUUGUGGACGCGGCACGCGCCAUCCCACGCGAAAAACCCCGCCAUCGCCGCAAGCCGCAGUCCCUGUCGCACGCGCUCCUGAUGUACGACGGCGACCAGGCCAAGGCCGUGCAGGCCUGGCACGAGACGUCUGCCGCAGGCCGCUCGCAAUCGGCGCCCGCGCUCCAGGAGCCCGGGCUCGCGCCCUGCCUGCUCGUCAAUAAGCUGUGGCAUGCGGCGGCUCUCGCGAUCAUCACGGAGAACCUCGCAUUCGCCGACCACCGCCGGUUCCGCCAGCUCGCUGCGUGCCCGCGCCAGCAGCGCGCGCGCUUUUCGCGGCCCGCGUCCUUCGUUCUGCAUAAGCUUAGUCGGCUGACGCAGGGCGAACUCGACGCUGUCGCGCCGCUUGUAGCAUCCGAAAAACUACGGUGGCUCGAGCUCUACAUAUGCCCCAAGGUGCUGCCGCCCGUGCCCGUGUUCCAGCACUCGCGUAACAUCGAGAAGCUUGUUCUCCCGGGCAACCGUCUACUCACCGACGAAUUUAUCAUGAAGAUCGCGCCACACCUGGGGAAGCUGCGCGUGCUGGACCUCCGCGCCUGUGACCAGAUCACCGAUGGCGCCGUGCUGUCCAUCACCUCGAACUGCCCGCUCCUCGAGGUCUGCAAUCUCGGUCGUCACCGCAACGGCGCGGCCAUCACCAGUGUCUCGCUCGUCGCCCUGGCCCGCAACACUAACAUCGACACUGUGGGUGCCGCGGGCUGUCAUGUCACGGACGCGGGCGUCUGGGAGCUGGCCAUGCACCGCGGUGCGCACAUCCGCCGCCUUUCGCUUAACAACUGCCGUUUGCUCACCAACAACUCCGUCCCGGCGCUGCUCUCAAUGAACUACUUUCCUCAGCUAUCUGUCCUGGAAAUAAGGGACGUCAAGCAUAUCACAAACCUCCGGCCUAUCGUCGCCUACACCAGCGCGAAACGCGCCCUCGGCUUCCCCGUUUUGGUUGAGGGUGGCGAGCGCAUCGACCUUCUAAUCAAGGAAGAGGAAUGGAGGAUGGAACGCGAACGCUCCGCCAGGGUCCUCGCAGCCCUCUCACAGUGGGUCAACGAGGAGGACCCGCAAGACUAA